AGGCUCGCGCACUCCCAGCCCUGCACGCUUCUGGUCCUGACACAGACUCAGAGAGAACCCACCAUGGUGCUGUCUCCCGCCGACAAGACCAACGUCAAGGGCACGUGGGCUAAGGUUGGCAACCACGGUGCAGAAUUUGGCGCAGAGGCCCUGGAGAGGAUGUUCACAAGCUUCCCCAGCACCAAGACCUACUUCUCCCACUUCGACCUGGGACACGGCUCCGCCCAGAUCAAGGGGCACGGCAAGAAGGUGGCCGACGCGCUGACCAAAGCCGUGGGCCACAUAGACAACCUGCCCGAUGCCUUGUCUGAGCUGAGUGACCUGCACGCCCACGAGCUGCGUGUGGACCCGGUCAACUUCAAGCUCCUGAGCCACUGCCUGCUGGUGACC